AGUGAAGCUGCCGACUCCCGGAAGUGCGAGGUGAGCGGGGAGGACACACGAUGUGGAGGGCGGGCUACGUUUGUAGGCUGUUGGGACGCCAAUUCUGGAGUCGAGGAGGCUUGACGCAGGCCCAAAGCUCACAUGCUGUGCUUAAUCCCUGGGGUGCUGCUGCUCCUGGAGGCACCAUUUUGUCAGUUUCCGUGUCCUCAUGGAAAAUCACAGCAGGAAUCCACACUGGCAAACCUUCAUUUGCAAUUCCGCCUACGAUCACGGAAACGGAUGAAGCAGACGCCCUGUAUAAGAGAAUCUCUGUGCUGGUGAAGGGUCACGACCGUGCUGUGCUGGAUAGCUAUGAAUACUUCGCUACUCUUGCUGCCAGUGAACUAGACAUUAACGUUGAAAAAGUAUAUGAACCUCCCAAGAAGAUUGAGAGAUUGACCGUCCUUAAAUCGGUUCACAUUUUCAAGAAGCACAGAGUACAGUAUGAGAUGAGGACUUAUUAUCGGUGUAUUGAGUUAAAGCAUCUGACUGGGAGUACAGCACAAGUUUACCUGGAGUACAUCCAGAGGAAUCUUCCAGAAGGAGUGGCAAUGGAAGUUACUAAGACAGCGGUAGAAAAGUUACCAGAGCACAUUAAAAGACCAGUAUGGAACAGCCUGCCUCCAGUGAGUGACCACCAAAGCCAGUAGCUGCUUGAGAAGCUGAGCGUUGCUAGGCGGCUGUCACAAGGCACUGAGACGAGGCCACUGCAGUGGUGUGUGACAUGUGCGGCGUGAAGGAGGUGCCCUCUGCUCUCUCACAUUCCUAAUCUGUGGAUCUGGCACUGAAGCAGAUGGCAUGAUCUUCAUUUCAAGAACAUUUCAAGUCAAGUUGGUAUAAACGUGUUUCACUGUCUUUACGGUCACAGAAAUGUUAACUUUCAGGAUUGAGAAGAUGUCGCCCAGAAGUGGCGCUUGCCGUUAGUUGUACACACCAAUCAGAUUUCAAAUUAAACUUCACCCCUUUUUGUACAUUG